UUUGUUGACGGCAGUUCAGCAGCGAAAAAGGACUGGCUGGAUUCUCCGAGACACUUCAGAGGGAAACCAUUUAAACUGAGAGGCGCGCGACCGUCAGCUUGUCUCGCGCAGAACACUUUCAGCACUGCACGCUUUCUUCUAGUGUGCGUCACAUCGUUGCGUCUCUGUCAGCCGCGGAUGAAUUAAAGGUCGACCCGAGUCUCCAAAGAAGAUUCAAGAACAAGGAUCAUAUUUUAACCAUAAUGCCAAAAAUGGUUUCAUCUGGGGAUUCAAAAGACGUGUCAAAGUCAUCACAGAGCAAUGGACAUCACACAUCACACAUAUUUCAUUGUUUUACGACCCUCGUAUGUUUCAUGUUGUCUGCGUCUUCGGUGGCAGUUUGUCUGUUUAUGAACGUCAAAACAUCUCAUCUUGAGCGUAAAAUGGAGAUUCUGGAGAUGGAGCGACUGUCUGUGAUGGAACCUGUGCACGCGACCCUGGAUGCGAACGCGACCCUUCGGGAUGCGAUAGAGAAACUUGUGCAAGAGAGACUCAAAGAGGGGGUGUCGAAAAUUCGCACAGCUCGAGAAGCAGCGCAAGAGUGCUCGUGCCCUCCAGGUCCUCCGGGAAAACGGGGAAGAAAAGGCAACCCUGGAAUUCCAGGCACUCCAGGACGAGAUGGCUACCCGGGUCCAAUGGGUAUGGAUGGUAAACCUGGACCUCCAGGUCCAAAUGGCAGCCAGGGAAUGCCGGGACCGAAAGGAGAGAAGGGUGACCAGGGAGACAUGGGUCCCAGGGGACCACCGGCCUACACUGCCUCUGCAGGCCUGCUCAGUAAUCAGAUUCUCACGGUUAAGGGUGAUCAAGGUCAGGCUGGACCCCCAGGUCCCCCAGGACCUCCAGGAACACCUGGUCCCAGAGGGCCUCCAGGAAACACCGGCAGAGAUGGGCCGCAGGGCCACCCAGGAGAACCAGGUGCUCCUGGAAAAGAUGGAAAUGAGGGACCAAGAGGGCCACCAGGCAUGCAGGGUAUGAAUGGUGUCAAUGGAAUACCUGGCCCACAAGGCCCUGUAGGGCAAAAGGGGGAUAAGGGCACCCCAGGUACUGAAGGGAAGAGAGGGAUUGAUGGAUCCCCUGGCAUGAAGGGUGAAAAGGGAGAUGUUGGAGAUCCAGGACCCCAGGGUUUGUCUGGAGAGAAAGGAGCUACUGGCUUCAUAGAGAAUGCUGAUCUGGCUGUUAGACUAAAAUCUCUACAGGGGCCUCCAGGCCCUCCAGGGGAGCAAGGGCCAAAAGGAGAAAUGGGCUUACCUGGAGCACCAGGACCUGAAGGAAAGCAGGGCCAUAAGGGAGAGAGAGGUGAUGCAGGAGAGCCUGGAGCAGCAGGAGCCAGAGGGGAAAAGGGUGAAAUUGGGCUAACAGGGCCUUCAGGGGAAGCAGGGCGAAAGGGAGAUAAAGGAGACUCUAGGCUUGAGGACAGUCUGGCCCAAAUUAUCUCUAUGCCUGGCCCACCAGGGCCACCUGGACCCCCUGGGCCUGCUGGAUAUCAUGGAUUGCCUGGACCCAAGGGAGAUCCUGGUGAGUCAGUUAAAGGAGAAAAGGGUGAUGCUGGAGAGAGAGGUCCACUUGGGCAGCGGGGUCUUCAAGGCUUUCCAGGGUCUAAUGGCUUGGUAGGCCUGCCAGGUGCAAAAGGUGAUAAGGGGAAGCAAGGUGAACCAGGUUUAGAUGGUUUCCCAGGGUUUCAAGGAGAAAAGGGCGACAGAGGAGACAAAGGGGAGAAGGGUGAAAGAGGCUCAAUAGGAAAAAAGGGUCUGAAAGGACAGAAGGGAGAGCAGGGACCUCCAGGGCUUGAUCAGCCUUGUCCUGUGGGCCGUGAUGGGCUGCCCAUACCAGGAUGCUGGCAUAAGUAAUGACUAACGUGGAGCAUGGAGUUUGUACAUAUUGAUAUAUAUUUUGCAAGUAAAAUGAGCUUUUUCUCCCAACUUAUUUAAUAAAUUGGGUUUUUAUAUGGGAGCCCUUUUAAAAAUAAUAUCUGUAUCGCUGCAUUAACAAAAGAGAGGCUCUCCACUGCCACAAUAACAAGUGUAGAAAAGCAAUGAAGCGAGCAUCAUAGGUACUGAGACUGUACUGAUAAUAUACAUACAUGAGAUACAUGAACUCAAUGCUUGUGGAUGCACAGAGAAUGCUGCUCUAGUUCUAAAGAAGAGAACAUAACCCUGAACUUUUUAACACCCUGGCCAAUGUGUCUCCAAAUGAUCAAUUCUUCAAUGGCUGUCUUACUGUCCCGGGCUUCAUUUGAAACAACCGACCCCAUCCAUUCUUUGCUAAAUUUUUUCUAUUAAAAGAAGAAGCUUCAGGGGAGGGGGACAAAGCCAAGCACCCAUCUCAUCCCUAAAUGACACUGAAUGGGAUAUAUGGAGGGAGUAUGCUUUGCCAGAAGGGCUCUAACGGAAGGGCUCACCUGUACUACAGGGAGAAACGCAAUGUGGACGUUGCACUGGAUUUGUACUGGUGUACAUAUGGACAAAUCUGUACUUGGGAAGCUCUUUACACUUGGUCAACAGGAAACAGCUUACUGUCUUUUGUUCCAUUUCUCACUGUAAUACACCAGUGGAGAGGUGGAAAAAAGUAAAAUAACUGAUAUCAUGUAAAGUUGUCAUUGUAAGUCUAUUUUUUUAUAAGAUCCCUCAUAAACUCAAACAACUUUGGUCUUUUAUUCAUUGUUUUUGUGAGGUUGUCUGCAUCCUCAAUGAGCAUUAUACAAAGUUUGUGUAAAUAAAAUUUAUAUUUUUUACAUUUAAAGGCUUGUAUGAUUUAUUGUCUGAAUACCAUGCACUGUGUUUUAUGUUGUUGUUUUCCCCCUCACUGUUUUUUUUUUAAUUUUGUAAAAGAUGGAAAUAUUUAAUUAAAGCAGUUUUUUUUUAAGAGAAAUAUUUAACAUUCAAAUACAACAAUGCAAAUGUUUCAAGCUAUACAAAUCAGUGUAAUGUGUUGUGCUGCCAAAUGUGUCAGAUUUGAUAAACAAGUUAGUUGAAUUUGAAAUGUUUAUACUACCUUAAUAACACCACAUCUUGAAUAAAAUCAUAUCAAGAACAA